UACUGGCGCUACGUGGUGUGUGGCUACGUUUUGCAAAGUUCAGCAGCACUUUUUUGUUAGUUGGUCGGUCGGUUAGUUGAUUUAUUCAAGGCGAGCGGCAGCCAGUGAUUUAUGGAGCGUUUGUAGGAGUCCUUUUUGUUCGGUUUUUUGGGGCUUUCCGUUUGCUCUAGUAGUCUCUAGUAGUGUAGCCAUGUGCAGCAGCUAGUUUGCGUAUAUUUAUCACUCGCCUCAUCGCUCUGUCGUCGUCGUCGUCGUCGUCGUCGCCGUUGUCGUCGUCAUCGCUGUUGUUCUCGUUAAUUGUAGCCCUGUCCUGGCCCAGGUCCGACUUGGACGGCGGGCGACAGCAGUACGAAUUUAAUUGUAUCAUCCCGCACUGCUCACUGCUGGGCUGCCCGUAAUGCAGGCCAACUUUGAUUCGAUCCUGUGCCACAGUGUCUAUUUGUCUGUGCGUGCGUGAAUGUGUGUGUAUAUAUAGUGGUGUGUGCGCGUGUGUGUGUGCAUGUGUAUUUGCCAUAGAUAUUUGGUCGGUCCGAUCGCGGUUUUUCAAGGCUCGCGUGUGUCGCGUGCGAAUCCUUUCGUUUGCUCAAUUUCGCCCCAGCCAAGCCAAUCCCAGCGAAUAAUCAAUCAUACAGCACGGGUGCGCGUUACACUCGACAAUAACGAGAGCAACGCGGAAAGCAGCAGCAGCAAACAUCAUUACCGCAAAAAUCGAAACCAUCCCCGUGGCGCUCUGUCGCUGCACCUCCCCUUCUCGAGCGCUGCAUCAACCACGAUUGUGCUCCACGCACUGUGUUUUGAAUAAAGGAGUUAAAGCCCGAAAAAGUCCGGAGGGAGCAAAUAGUUGAGUAAUAUCCGUUUUUCGGUGAAUUUUUGAUGGUGCGUGAGUGUUGGCGUGUGUGAAAAUGUUAACCCCUGUGCAGUGGUAGCUUUGGAAGUGACGGAAAAGCGCGAAAGGAAUUCCCUCAUUUGGAGGACACACACACACACACAGAAAUUUGGAACGCGGUGCCCAGCAGUUAAUUAGCACCCACAACAGGCGGCAUUCUCAGCAUUGCGGUGUUUCGGCAGUUUGGCUGGUUCAUCGCACGGGACCGAGAUUACAAGGAGCAGGAAGCCAACCAGCCAGCCAGCAAGCCAGCCACAGAGGACCUGACGAUGGCUAGUGGACGGGCCAGAUUGCCACCAACACCCGGUACGGUCGCUUCCGUAUCCACGGCUUCCUGCGCACGUCCAACACUGACCGAGCUGCACACCAACAACAACCUGUACCACUCAUCGACCGUGCCCGGCGAUGGAGCUGCAUCGGGACCGGGCGAGUACCAGCAGCACCAGAUCCAUCAUCCUUCCCAUGCAUCCCAGGCGGGGGCGGCCUCGGCCGGUGGUGGAGCCGGCUCACAUCAUCACCACCAUCAGCUGCAGCAUCACCAGCAGCAGCAGCAGGAAGUUGGCAUGACCGCAGGCGCUACUACCUCACAAAUGCUCCCGGAUGCCGCGCUACUAGCACACGGCGUGACGCAAUCACUGCGCAAACCGUUCGAUGCCCCCCGACACAUACCCGAACGACCGAGCCAGCUGGCCGACGAAAGCGAUUGGAUGAGCGAUUAUGCGGAUAGCAAUCUGAAGCGGCGUAGCUCCAUCUCGAAAGACUACCUACCGGCCGGAGGGACGACGACGACGGCGGACUGGCUAAAGAAGAGCAUCCGCCGCUCGUGGACAAUAUCCAAUGCAGAAGAUGAUAACGGCUCCACGCGUGACCCGGACGUCCAGCCAUAUCCUAAUCCACACCUUCCCCGUAAGCAAUCGCAAAGCAGCUAUCCGUCGCUAGUGAAACAUCCCUACUUCAAUCCACUGUCGAUGGCGGACGAAGACGAGUACGGCGAGGAGGAGGAGGAAAGACAUGGCAGUCUGGAGGUGGCCGGCGGGAAUCACCGGCCGUCGGCACUGCGACGCGCCAUGCCACCGAGACAAUCGACCCUGCCGAACCCGGAGGGUAUUUACUAUGGCAGCAAUAACAACCUGAUGCCGCCGGUGUCGGUAUCGCCCAAGCAGCAGCUCAGUCCAAGCCCGCAGUACAACACCAGUCCGUAUCACACGGACAACGAGGCGGACAAUGAGACGGGAUCGGAUCACCGUUCACCGUUAGCGGCACGGUACAAAAUACGCAGACAAUCAACGUUACCCUGCAAGCCGAACGAGAUGCUAAUUGAUGGUGGGAGUGUGGUGGUGGGCGGUGGGCCUCAGCAUGGCAGUGGUCCGAAAAUUAUGAUGUCCUCAUCGCCAAACAGCAGAACGAACCUGUACUCCAAGUCGCCGGAACGUGACGGCAUCGAGGCAGCGUCCAAGCAGCAGCAGCAGCAGCAGCAGCAACGUUUUCCACCCUUUGUACGUCAAUCCACCUUUCCGUCAAACACAAACGACCCGUUCCUAUUACAGAUCCAAUCCCAUUCUUCGCCUUCUUCUUCGUCCCUGUCAACACAGCCUUUGCAGUCUCAGCAGCAGCAGCAACAGCAAUCGAUUGUACCAACCGUAGGCCAGCAGCGCCAACUGCCUACCUCCCCAAAUCGGUUGGUGUUUAACAAAUCUCCCGACAGUGGCACCGAGUCGGGGCCGGGGGCGAGCGAAAGCAGCGGCACUAGUCCGCACCAGGUCGGCAGUAGAGCCGGGGCACGCAAUUACACAAUGACCCGGCAGGCCACACUACCCAAUCCUGAGCAGCACAUGAAACUGCUUCCUACAUCCCCUCCCAAAAAGCAACUGUCACCGCACAGCAUUAAGCGCUCUCCUGACUUUGCACGCCAAAACACGCUUCCAGCCUCGCAGCAGCAGCCGCAGCAGCAGCAGCAGCAGCAGCAGCAGCAGCAGCAGCCUGCGUCACAAUCGGCGGCACCACAAUCGGCACCCGUGCUCAUACCGAUGGCGCUGACCGCUUCGUCGUGCUCCUCGCUAGCCGGUUCGGAUGGCGCGGGGACGGCACAGGCGGUCACGAUGAACUCGCUGUCGGUGCACCAGCACGGACCCAAAUUUAUGCCCAUUUCGCCGCGUCAGAAAGCAUCCUUUCUUUUUCCCCAACCUGCAGCACCUACACCACGUCCCUUUCACUCACAGCAGCACUUCCCGACGCACCUAAACACCUCGCCCUCGGCAUCGGCCGUCAGUAGUGGGGUGACCGGUGGUGCCGGCCCGGUGCCCGGCAUCGGUGUGAGCCAUUCGUCCUCGACGUCCCUGUCGUCUGCGGUCGCGUCCAAGAUGAUCAAGGUGCGCAGCCACAGCAAUGAGGAGUACACGUUGGCGCCUGCCACCCGCGCUGGGCUGGGGAUGGGCACGGUGAGCGAAGGGCGCCGCAUGCUGCCCGAAAUACCGACCGGUGGUGGUACUGGACCGGGCGGAAGCCGAUCCCCGAGACUGGUACGUCAAGAGCACGUAAGAGACGAGCUGCUAAUCGGCUGCGUUAAUAGCGUUGCUGGUCAGGGCCCGGGCUCAGACAAACGAACCACCACCUCAUCAUCCUCAUCUCCCAAACAGAAAACGUUUGCCGAAGCGAAACAAACGAUGGUCGCGACGACCAUGGCGGAGGACAUGAUGGGCUACGACCUGUACGGAAGCGGUGGACAACACCCGGCAGCCGGUGUCGGGUACGAGGAGUUUUACGACGAGGAUCAAGAGUUUUCGCUAGGACCGAUUGAGAGUACCGGCGUUGGCGGAUAUCAGGACGGGGACGAUUCGCGAGGAACAGAACAAUUUAAUCCACUUCAGAUGCAACAGCAAAGGCUGCCUUUCGUGCCGAAUGAAUCCAGUCCCGAUUCGUUGAGUGGCACGCAGGGUGCCGGUUUCGGAUUGGCAGCCAAUCGUAAGGAUCGGUUGCGGUCGCGUCGAAAAUCUCGCGAUGUAUACGAUCAGCAGGAUGAGACGAGCGGCGGCGCGUGCAUUCUCGAUGCGUCCGAUGGUGGCAUCGGUGUUGGAUCCGUCGCUGCUACCGUUGAACCCGUCAAGCGGAAGCCGGAAACGAUGCGCUCGAUCUCCGAGGAAGCUCCCGCUGCAAAACCGCCGAAACCGGUCACAAGACGAUCGUUGUCUCACCCGGAAAAGGAUACACAGGUAUAUAGCUCGAAAAAGUUAGACUCGAGUAAAAUACCGUCCCCGAAACCGUUGACGGAGCUGCAGGAUCGUCAGCAUAAACCGUCAACGGCGAUCGGCUCAUCGACUUCGCCGCGCAGAAAAAACAUCAAAUCGUUCGAUUGUGGUACGGUCAGUGCGAAGGGAUCGAACCUUCAACCGGGCACGUACACCCAGUACCAAACACCGGACUGUGGUAGUAGCGGUGGCGGUCCGACAUCGGUCUCGCCCGGAAUCGUCACCGAAUCGAGUUGCAGCAGCAACACGCGCACCAGCGGUUACGGUGGAUCAGCCACAACGCUCGCCGGUAACGUACCUGCCGGAGGAGGACCGGCAGCAGGCGGUGGACCGAUGGCUGGCUUUCAGUCGUUUGGCCAGCGAAAGAUAUCGGCAUUCCAGCAGAUACUGCAGCGCCAGCGUUUGCAGAAGCGUGACUCGAAGAGCCUCGACAUUGUCGCCUCGAAGCUGAUGGAGGAAAAGUAUGGCUGUCGGGGACAGGACGUGGACGUGUCGAAAUCUUUGGACGACGGUAUCUUCUCGGAAAGUGCGGGCCACCAGUCGGAUGACAAUAGCAGCGAUGAACAUAUCAACCUUACCUACAAAGCAUCGAAGGAUAACAAAACCACCCUUGGCGAGGCGGAGAUACAGAAUGCUGUUGAGGCGGCCGCCGUCAUCUUUAAGAAGGUGGUUCUGCAGCGCCGAGAGGAGAACAAAUGCAAAUCUUCAAAUGCUAAUCACGAGUGUCAUAGCAGUGCAGACGGAUUAACUGACGAAUCGGCCACCCUCGGAGGUUAUUCGUCGUCGGAAACGGAAGCUGCCGGCCGGAUGCAAUCGUUCGGCCAGAACGUCCGCACAAGAGCAAUGCCACCGGACUACGAAGAGUACCGGUUGGUGUUUUUCAGCUCCGACUCAUCCAGCAAGGAGGAGGAAUAUGAUAGCAGCUCUACCUCGUCCUCGUCAGCAAUGCGGCACGCAAAGCGCCACCGGUACACAACGGCGGCCUCGCUCGACGAGUGUGACUGGGAUUACUUCGAACCGGACAUGAUGCCCGGAGCGGACGAAACAAAGAGUGCCUUUUUCUACGAAAUGCUUGCCAUGGCAACGGCCACCGCGCAAUGUGUCGGAUCAGCGCAUAGCCAGUGCAAAAAUACAAUCAGUGCCUCAAAGGUGCACAGCACCAACAGUGGUCGAAAGCUGGACAAUCGUGCAGAAGAACCAUCAUCAUCGUUGUGUCACUGCGAAUGUUGCAAUCGGCGACAGAUGCAGUACGUACCGAUACCGGUCCCGGUGCCAGUACCCGUGCCCAUCGCAGCCUUUCAAAGCUGGCUGUACGAACAGCAGCAGCAGCUGUUGCUUAUGCACGGCGGCGGUACGGCUGAUGCGGCGGCCGUGGAAGGCGGCAGCAGUGCUGGCGGUGCGUCGGAUCUAGUGCAACAGUUGUGGAAAAAGUUUGCCGACAGUAGUGAAGCAAGUGUGCGGCAUACUGCUCCGCCGGAAACGGAAGCAGUGGCAGGAGGUGGUUCGAGUAGAAAGGUUCCCAACCAUCCGAAAUGUGCUUUUUGCCGGUUUGGAAGCUGUGCGCGUCGCGAAGCUGUGGUCGAAACCUGUGCUACGUCCGAAAGCCACGACAGUAGCGAUAACGAGCGACGAAAUGCAACGAAAGUGCGCACGUGCAAGCAUCUCAACGUGCGACACAAGAGUGGUGCGGAAUCGGAACGCGGUUACGGUGCGACUGGUCGUGGUAGUAGUAGUGGUUCCAGUGGUUCCGAAGCGACUGCAGCGAGCAGCAGAGUGCAUGUGCAAAAAGCAACCACCACCCCAUCGUCGUCGUCGUCGACGUAUGGUGUAAUGCGUCAUGAUAGUGUUGGUGGAGUGGCUUCAUCUGAUCGCGACGGAGUCGGUUCGUCGUCUGGUGCGAGCGCAGGCACAGGCACUACCACUGCACGACGACUUGUACAGAGCGCUGUUGUUGUACCACCACUACGCACAGGUGAGUUCCCGCUGGCCGUUCCGGUUACGACGAGCGCAGCCAACGAUAUCGUUACAACGGCGGCGAAGCCCAUUCAAGCGCAAGAUAAUAUCGUCACUGGCGCAGAGGCGAAGACGGCAAAUAGUCGUGUCCGAGCACGCGAGUUUAUGCCGGACAGUAAUGUACGUGCUAGUGUUGCGGCAGCAUCGUCUUUGCCAGCCACGGGCGAUAGUGUGACCGACAAAACAGGAUUAGAUACUGCGAUGGAUGAGUUGUGCGGCAGUACCAGCAACGAUGGUGAUGGGACGGCCACCGAAGGAUCGACACGAACGAACAAUAUCGAUUUACGAGCAGAAGCGACACAAGCGUGUAGUGAAGCAAGCGAUACGGAUCGCAACGUUAACAGUGAUAAUAAAUGUACCGAUACCGAUAACAAACCCGCCGUGCACGUUGACAUUACGCUGCCGCCCAGCGAAACCUUAGUGAAAGCAGCGGACGAAAACAACCCUGCUGCACCGGCAGCUGCCUCCUUGAAGGGUGCAGAACACGAACGGGACAAGGAGCAAGCUGGCACUAGUAGUGAAAUGAGGAAAAGUGCUAAAAUUAGGACAGUAGUGAGUGAGGACGCACGGAAGCAGCAGGAUGGUUACCUGCAGUACGAAUUACUGUACCACCUGGCGCAGACGGGCGGCCGAUCAUCGCCGUCAUCGUCGAGUGCAUCGUCGAGUGAAGCGGAAAACGCUGCCCCAGCAGCAGUCGGGCCCCAGCAGCAGGGCCGGAAAGCCAAGGUUGGAAAGUACUCGUUCCAUCUGACCGAGAGCAGCGAUGGUAAAAGUUCCUACAGCUCGUCCCGCUCUUCCUCGCGAUCAGCUUCGUCGCUGCAGGAAAAAUGCAGUUCCUCCUCCUCGGACACCGAUCCGGGGGAGGAUUAUUUCGAUCGUGAUCAUGCAAACGAUACCGACAGGGAGGAGGAGGAGGAGGAGGAGGAGGAGGACGACGGUGACGACGGUUGUUGUGUUGAUGAUGAUGAUGAUGAUGAGGUGGGUGGUGGUAGGUUGCCUCGGGGGGGCGGUGGGAGGCGGCGCAGUGGCAAACGAUUCAAUGCCGUGAUGGUGAUCAAUCCCGGACACAGCGGCAGUGAUGGCGAAGGGCCAAGCGACAGCGACAGUAGCGACAAUCAAUCGAUAAGAACCGCUGGGGAGCCCAGCAGCUACUACGGUGAGGUAGCAGGUUUCCCCCCCUUUGGCGGGUACGAGGGUGACGCUGAUGACGAUGCUGCCGGCGGUGCUAUAGUGCUAAAGCGAGUGAAAAACAUAUCCGAUUUCGGCGAGACAGAAUGUGCCAACGAACACCAACGAUCCGAGCCAAUAGGCGAUAAAUUGGUUCGAAAAUGUGCGGAGGUGUCAAUCGAACAGCCGCCACCGCCGCACAAUGAAUCGACCGUAGGAGGUAGCCGACGGCUUGAGCAAGGAGAACCGAGCAGGGCGACUGUAACGGCAACGGUGGUAGAUCACCAGAGCAGUGUGAAAUGUACGACUCGGAAGGGGGGAAGCCGCAAAAGCGGUGAAAUUGACAGCAGCAGCCCACUGCCAAACCAAAGCGGCGAGCCAGCUUUGGUGGACCCAUGCUACGCGAAUAUUGGUGAAUCAAACACACACCACCAUCAGCAGCAGCAGCAGCAGCAGCUAGAAGAGAAAGGUACCGUUUCUCGCUGUGCACCCGAAGCGCUUAGCUAUGCGCCCGAUGCAGAUUGCCAGCAGCAGCAGCAGCAGCAGCAGGAACCGCACAGUGUACAGCAGCAACGGUACGAUAGCAUAAACGUAGAAGAGAAACCACAACACCACCACGAACGUAACGACGAGCUGCCGUACACAGGUAAUGGCAUUAGCAGCGUUACAGGUGUGUAUCGCGUGCGUACACCCUCACCAAUACUACCACCGACACGGGGCACGAAUGCGGCCACUUGCGUCAGUAGCGCGGCGGAUGGGUGUGUGAGUGGCGCCACAACUACAACCACUCUGGGCGACAUAAGCUCACCCCAUACGCCCCAUACGGUGGUGGAUACAGCAGCGCCGAGCAGUUCCACUUUUACGGGCGGCAGUGGCAACAGGUACACGAGUCUUGUUAUGAUCACAGAUGACACUUGCGACGCGAACGGCACCAAAAGCAACAGCAGUACCGAUCACGAAAGCAGAUCGCGAGCAGCACCACCGAACAUUGCCAGUGAAGGUGUAGUGGCAAGCGUAGUGCAGGUAAACGUUGCAAGUUCCUCCCCCACAACGACAACGGUGAAAACGGUACCCAGCAGCAGCAGCAGCAGUGCGGAGGAUAUUGUUUGUGUUCAGUCCCACGAUCACGAUGAGAUCACGGCGGGGUACAGCCAGCACACUCCCGCAGCCAGUGAUGAUCGUUAUGCUGUAGCGCAAACGCUGUGCUCGUUGCAAAGUCUGCCAGCAUGUCUGCCAGGGCAAAGAAGUCGCACGGGUAGUGUCGUCAGUGGUGCAGGGCAAGAGCAGCACCAUCACGAACACACGAGCAUAGCACGAUCGACUGUUGAGUUGGUGAGCAUUGAUGAUGAUGAUGCUGCUGAUGGUUGUGGCGAUCAAAAGAGUUCAACGGAAGAGUACGAAAAAAACCCGACAUUGGACGCGGCUGGAACGCUGAUGGAUCAUUGCGAUUCGCCCUCGGUGCAAUCGGUGCCCGCCAUGGACGGCGAGCAUUUGCGUAGUGAGAAUGACGUGCAAGUGAACAGUGCUGAUCGCAGCAGUGAUUUUGAUGAUUUUGGUCAGCAGAUCGGUGUCGGUGAAAAUCUGAAGCAGCAGCAGCGGCAGCAGCAGUGUGCUCGCGUUCCCAAUGCUGCCGGUGCAGAAAAGUUAGUGCAGCCCGUGAGUUCGAAAUCGGCGGACGAAUCGAAUCAGGUGUAUGGAAACGAAAUGGAACGUUAUGCAGAUGAUGGUGAUGAUGAUGAUGGUGAUGAUGAUGACGAUGGUUGUGAUGGUAUGCCUACCCAAAUCGGUAACGUGACGGCAAACGAAAAUGUUACGGUUACGACCGGAUCGACCACAUUAUCGGCCGUAAUUUGUUUGGAGGAUGGACUGGCGGAUGAUGAUUCGUGGGUGGAAGAAAUUAGCCAGGAUGAGGAGGAAUUUGCUACGACGACAGCGACCGACUCGGAUAUGGAUGAUUCGAGUGAGGAAAUGUCGUUUUCGAACGAUCGCGAGGAAGAGCUUCGCGGAUAUAAUCGAACGGCGAUCGACUUUACACUGCACACGAUCGUGGAGGAAAGCUGUGAGGAUAGUGAAAUAGAAUCGCGCGGGUCCGAUGUGCAGGGACGCAGGCGUGGUCGCCGAAAUGGACGCGGGGGUGAUCAUGGAUCAGAGGUUGGGCACGAUGGCGAUAUGGACGAUGGGACACGCGACCCUGCCCAUCGGCUGUCGGCCUCGGAGUUGGAAAAGUAUUUUUUCUAUGGUCUCGGUGGAGAUGGUGGCAGUAGCAGCAAAAUGGGUGGUAGUACAGCGGGUGGUGGAGCCGAAAGUUAUGGCGGAACAGGAUAUGGUGCAGGAAUGCAUGACGAUCAGAGCGAAAUGUCGGAGGAAAGCAGCUCGCUGUGCAGCGAUGGGCACGAUUCGCUUGGCAGUGGUACAGCUUCGGGAAGCGCUUCAGCCGCACGGCUGUCCGGAGCUUCGAUGGAGAGCCACGAUCGGGACAAUGAGGACAAUUCAACAGACUCGGUGACGGAUUUGGCUUCAUCGCGGUUGGAAAAAUAUUUCCUCACCGGCUUCCUUGGAUACAACAGCACAGACCGGGGGAGUGCUGGUGGUGGAAAUGGUGGUGGCGGCGGCGGCGGCGGCGGCGGCGGCAACGGAUCGGACGGUAGCGGUGGCAGUGUCGGAAGCGACAGUGAAGGCCACGUUAGUCCGGAACAGCGCCGUAAACGAUUGGUACGGGCACGGGGAGCAACAAGAUCCCACAGCUCGCUCGACAAUUUGCUGCUGGCCGGAAAGGAUGCGGAGCAUACUCACGAAUCGAUGGGAUCGAACAUUAGUCAAUCGGCGGGUUCUUCGUACGAGGCGGCAGGAAUGAUUGCUGGUGGAUCGGGCACAGGAAGUGGUGUCGUUAUCGGUGGUAACGGUGAUAUGGACCAUUCGUCGGAAACGGAUACGUGCGACGAAUCGUCGGCAAUGUACUCGCACCAGGAUAGAUCGGAAUCCUCGCCGUACGAUACGAUGGGCAAGAGAAAGAAGAAGUAUAUGACGAAAAAGAUGGAUGUGGCACUGGCCCGUGCAGAACAGCAACAACAACAACAACAUCACGGAGCGAUCGGAGACGCUGGUCUAAGUGGGAUUUGCUCCGAAUCGGAAGACAGUCGGAAGACACCUUCGUCGCAGUCAACUUCCCUCGAUGGGCGUGAGCCACCGGGUGCUGUACCGGGUGUGAUCAGCUCUUCCCUGCAUCCCGCAGGAAUUGAGAAUUCACGAAAGCAAACCAGUCGGGAUAGUGGAUUCAUUGGCAGUAAUGAUGAUCUGCUAAAGGAAGAUCAGACGGUGGCUUCUUCGUCGAAGGCAAUGCCAUUUGCAACGGUCGAACCGAUUCUUGAAGAAAACAGGAACGAACACAAGGAGAGCGAUGCUGCGUCAACGGAAGCAAAUCCAGCUCCGUCCUGCAACGCGUCCCGUUUGCCGAUUUCUCCCGGCACUAGCAGUACGCCCAAAGGCAGCACACAAGGCGCCGGAAUGGUAAACUUGGUGCGGAAGGACAGCUUCAACAACUGGAGCUCGGACGAGGAAACGAAUCUGAUGAUGUCGAAGAUGCGACAAUUUUUCAAAUCGCUGGUGGCCGCUUCGGCCAAUACGAGGAAGUUACCGAACUCGAGCAGCUCUACGCCAGGCGUGAGCGGGUCAAACACACCCCAGCAGGGUGGCAGCACACCGGUAGCACGUCCACGAGGGAUGCGCACGAAGCCGCCACAGCUUGUGUACUUCGAGAGUGAGCUGACGCGGCUCAUGAAAACGGUGCCAGGAAUCCGGGACGAGCAGGUGCGUGAGAUCGUGGAGUAUUUGAGCAGUGAGGACACGUGGUCAGAUUCGUACGAUUCGUCCGACUACACUAGCUCCGAUCUGGAGGGUACGGCUGCAGCCGUUGCGGAAGGAAAUCCGUUCGGGUUGCAGGAAGAAAUAUCGGCCAGCUGCAGACAGAUCAUAAACAAGUUUGAUAGCAGUGUGCGGAAGGAUGAGGAGGGCGAUAUCGGUGAUGGUGGUUUAGUGACGCUAGCAAUGGCAGAGAAAGCCGAAUCACCUCUGGUCGCCCAUCACCGUCACCAUCACCAUCUGCAUCAGCCGCAUGGGCAGCAACAGCAACAGCAGCCGUACCAUCAAACGCCACUCAGUAAAGAGACUGCGUUUGUGUACCAACGGUUGGUAGCGUCUCUGUCGAAGGUCGUUUCGAAUGAGCCACCCGGUGCGGAAACCAAGGAUCCUACGGUGGAUGUACAACCAAAUGCUGCUGGCAUUGCGGUGACGACGCCGAGUGCGAACAGCACUUCUUCGCCACCACUGAUUGCGAAGGUAAUGCACCACAUCGGCAGCCGUUUGGUGGCUCUAAUGCACGAAGUCAGCAGCGGUGAGUCGCACGCUAGCAUAUCGCCCAAACCGCAUCGUAUAGGUAUGCACCGGAAAUCCGGUCAAGCGAUGGCGGGUAACGUUGGCAGUGGUGUUAGCAUCGGUGCCGCUGGUAAUACGGCGGCGGGAAUGGGAGCAAUGUUGGGACACCAUCAUCAUCACCAUCACCAUCACCUUCACCAUCAUCAUCAAGCCAUUUCCGCUACAACAACGGAAGAUGAUGACGAUAGCAGUACGUCGGAGAGCAAUGAUCGUCAACAUCCGCCUCAUUAUCAUCACCAUCGAUCGAGGAUAGGCAUCGGAGCAGCGACGGCUCCAGAAACAUCACCUCCUGCAGGACAGGAGGAAGAUGAGGAGAUGGGAGCAGCAAUCGAGGGUGGCACGUCCGCGUCACCCUCUUCCUACGCGAUGAUGUUGCCGCGAAGCAAAAGUCACGAUCUUUUGCUAAGCGAUCAGCGAUCGCAAGGACACUACCAGUAUCACUCCGGCACUGGGAGCGAUAUGGUUGGUGAAGAGCGUGGAGAAGCCAGCGACUACGAGCGGUUCUCCUGGCGCGGAAGUUUCGAAUCGGCCCUGCUGGCAAAUGGGGAUUCGCGCACCAAGCUUUCCAUGCUAGAUAAUUCCUCCUCCUCGAAAUCAAUACUGGUGGCGAAGCGCCGAUCCGCCGGCGAUCUACUGUUUAACAAUCAAAAUCUAAGCCAGGAACAGCUGGACCGUGUGCGAAGCUGUGGCAGCAUCGGUGGCGAUAGGGAAGAGCUGUGGGAGGAGAAGGGGCAGCAACCGCACCCGUACCAUCAGAACCAACCGUACCACAGCUCGCAACAGCCACACCAGCAGCAGUUGCUGCACCAACAGCAACACCAUCAACAGUAUGCGCACAGCUCAGCAGCAGGCAGCCGGCGACGGUUGUCUAGUGUUGCGGCUGACGAGGAAGAUACGGAUUCCGACGAAGGCGUCAUGAAAGGUGCCGGUAGCAAUAGACUGGUAUUAGCUUCGCGAUCUACGCUUCCGCGUAGCUUGCAGAACACAAUGACCAGCGGUACCACGAACUCGCUGCCCCGAUUGCCGACCUCUCAUCUGCAGACCAUCAUGCAGUCUGUAGCGUCCUCUCCGGCUUCGUCCUCGUCCGGGACGGGGGGGUCGUUAGCGAUCAGUCCCUCGGCCAAACCUACUGCGGCGGUGGGCACGAUGGGACAGAAAUCGCAAAGUGUGUACCACUUUUUGCAGAACAACGUCAAAAGUGCGCGGUACCGUGCACCGGGCUUCAAUCGCCCACCUUCAGCACCAAAGCGGGCCAUGUCGGCACCGGGCCUACAGCCACCGUAUCCGCGACGCGAGCGGCGUAAUCGCUUGCAGCACCUGUCAAAUGAGGAAUGCAACAGUCCGGACUUGACAGGGUCCACAGGCGCACUGGGCGGCGAAGAUGAGCCGCAAGGAAACGGUUCACGCGCAGCACCAAGAGACACGUACGAUCGGCAGGGCGAUGGAACGCCAUCGAAUGGAAUGCAGCACAAGGGCGGCAGCAGUAUCGUUUCGUCGCCCGUCGGAUCGGCGGGCGGUGGUAGCGAUAAUUGGCCCUCGCAGUCGGAUGAGGAUAUCGAUCGGUUGGUUGCGCUGCACCAGAAUCGCGCCAGCCUCAGCUCGCUGGGCGUACGGUCGGACUCGAUGGCGAGCGUUUACUCUGGUGCCGGUGAAGGUCGCUACGGUACUGUUACGGUUCGCGGACAGAUCGAAUUCGGUAUGCAGUACAACUAUAAGCAGGGUGCGCUGGAGAUACACGUCAAGCAGUGCAAAGAUUUGGCCGCGGUCGAUACGAAACGCAACCGUAGCGAUCCUUACGUGAAGGUGUACCUCUUACCGGACAAAUCGAAGAGCGGUAAGCGCAAGACGAAGGUAAAGAAACACACGCUGAACCCGGUGUUCGACGAGGUGCUUCGGUUUCACAUGAGCCUGAACAGCCUGCAAACGCGCACCAUCUGGAUCACCGUUUGGCAUUCCGACAUGUUUGGACGGAACGAUUUUCUCGGCGAAGUGAUGAUGGGGCUGCAGGAUAAGGUGUUUGACAAUCCGCAGGCUCAGUGGUACCAGCUGCAGGAACGGAGUGAACCAUUUGAAGAUUUGUCCGCGUACAAGGGCGAUAUCAUUGUCGGCUUGAAGUACGUGUCUGCCGACGCCGAUAGCGGUGGUAUGAUUGGAGCUGGCAGCGGCGGCGGUGGUGGCGGCGCUACUGGCGGUAGUGGCGGAUCGACGGGCAGUGGAUUCGGAACACUCAACCUACGAAAGUUCAGCACUCGCUCCCUCACGUCCAACUCAUCGUCAACCCUUUCCGGGCACAGCAAGGGUGCACUGCACGUGCUGGUAAAGGAAGCGAAACAUUUGCAACCGAUCAAGUCGAAUGGUACCUGUGACGCUUUUUGUAAAAGUUAUUUACUACCGGAUAAGAAUCGAAGCUCUAAACAAAAAACGCCCGUCAUAAAGCGAACCAACUCGCCGGUGUGGAAUUACACGUUUGUGUACGAGGAUGUGUCACUGGCCGAAUUGUCGGAACGAGCGCUGGAGCUUACAAUAUGGGAUCACGAUCGACUGGCUAGCAAUGAAUUUUUGGGCGGUGUUCGUUUUUCGCUCGGAAACGGCAAACACAAUGGCAGGGCUGUCGAGUGGAUGGAUUCAACCGGCAAAGAACUGUCGCUGUGGCAGAAUAUGAUAAAUAGGCCCAACUUUUGGGUGGAAGGGGCCCUGGUUUUGCGGCCGUCCCUGGAAAAUGCUAAAUUUUCCACAUAAUUUUCAGAACCCCCCGUAGAAAGCCGAGGAAUCUUAUAGUAGAGCAGAUUCCUCCACAGAGUACCCCGCUAGACUUGUUUCCCCCAUCCCUAUCUUUACCCUCAUCUAGUGCUACUUAGCGUAAUCGAGAAAAAGGUAGAAAGUGAGCAAAUUAGCUUAUGAUAGGACGGGGCGAAACGUUUUGCAAACGCUGCUCACGUUGCUCACCAACCAACACUCACUCACUCACUCACUCAACACGAACGAAACGACAAGCGAGAAUAUAUGAAAUGUGGAAAUAGAAUUGUGAUGUUGCUUUGCAAUCAACCUAUACAAUAUAAAACAAACAUAAAAAAAAAACAUAUAUUGUGGUUUAUAAGACAAACGUUUAAUAGUUUAAGAGGUAGGCGAAUGGUCUUUUGGUCUGGGGCUAACAGAACCAUCGCUCGGAAACAAAAGCGUUUGACGAGAGCCCCAACCGCACCGAACGCGGGGGUUGAGUGAGAAGCACAAUGAAGGGAAACAAAUUAUCAUGGUCAGAUGCGCGCAGGCACAGGGAACGUAAAAUAAAACAAACAGUUUUGUGCAUGGAUCCAUCGAUCCAUCAUCUCACGCGAAAGGAAUGAAUUUUUCUGUGUUCAUCUUGUACAGCAAAUCAUAUCGAGCGAGCGUCGGGCUGUACUCUGUCCCACUUAGGCUAUGUAUACCGAGAAGAAAAGCGGAAGAAACGAGCGUUCAGUGUUCGGUUCGGUCUCACCUCCCCCAUGAUACUAGGCUAUGAUCAACGUUAUGCUCCUCCAUAUUGCAUUACACUUGUGCCAGUCUCGGAGCCCUCGGUACGAUAAGUUCGGCCCAUCGUUUUGAUUAGCAUCGUUUUGAAGCGGAGCAGAACGUGAACGCCUUUUCUGUUUGGAGCGGAGAAAUUACAGGCGCAAAAGCGGAGGUUAGUUGAUUGGCUCGCAUUAGUCGGACGGACGGACAUCGAUCAUUGAUCCUUGGGACACAUAUCAUAUAUGCUCCACAUGUGUGUGUGUGCGUGUGUGUACAUUCAAAUGCGUGAUACAUUCCUUCCCAAUUCUACACUAUACAUACUUUGUCAAGCAAUAGCGCAGACGGCACGGCACGGCACGGGCUUCGUUUAUCGGGGCGUCCGUGUGAGAGCUACAACCUUUUUCUUGUUAUAGCCUUUUUCAUACCAUAUUUAACGCUGAUUGUUAUACACUUGAUUCCUCUUGAGUCUAAAAUCGGAUGUGCGCCCAUGCUAAAAACACAUGGUAGGUGUGCCCUUAGUGUAAACGAUCGACGCGAUCACACCGCCACGAACGCAUGCAGGCACACAAUGAUGAACAUGAACAAAUUUAGCGACAUAUUUACAAUUCUUACAAAGCAAAGGAAGAGAAGAGGGGAGCAAAAAAAAAACAAAACAAAACAAACCAAUCAAACGACUGACCAUGUUUAUAUGAUAAUUAUAGUAAAGAAUACUUUUUAUCACCAUAUUCCGUUUACUCGUAAUAUGGCCGAUGAAAAACGAGAGUUGUGCGAACCUGAGCGAGAAGAGCAGAAGUGGCCGACUCGCACCUUGAUCAAUUUACUCUGAGCCUGCUCUAAAAAAAAAAAAACCGGAACCGGAAGCACCGGAAGGGUGUGUGCAUUUGGAAGAUGGAAUUUGUGAAAUUUCUUCGCACACGUGGAUGAUACGAUUGCCCCCAAACGGCGAGCUCACAUGGCCGAAAACAAGAUCAUCGCGUCUCGCGUCUGAUCUGACUGGUGAUUUGUGGGUGCGUGUGUGCGAGUGUGCGUGUGUGUGUGCAUACAGCCAUACGUACAAUAUACACACGUAUUUUGUAAAACGAACAAUUGUAAACACUAUUUAAAAUACACUAUUGAUAAAUGAUUAUAUGAUAUACACAACACGGACGAUACAGAAGGAGCAGCGGCAGAAAUGGUGAAUGAAUCAAGCAAAAAAUCUUAUGAACUUCGCGAAUAGGACGCACAACCACACUGCACUCGUGUCUCUACGGCAUAAUGCAAAACACGUGCUCUAUGCGUGUUUCUAAUCACCCCGAUAAGAGACAGAAACAAACGGUAGCAGAAUUAAAUUAACGACUGUAGCGUUCUAUAUUUCUUCUCGAGUUUGAGUUUUCGGUAGUAGUUUGUAGCAAGCAGGUGGGCAGAGUUAGAACAUUGUUGUGACACUACCCUUGUAACGUUGGGAGGACACGAUAUAGCUGAAUGUAGCAACCCUUUGCGCUCGUUUUCAGACAGAGCAGAAGACCGGAAGAGAGACUGACGUAUGCAACCUUUGGUAUGUAAGGAAUCGGAAAUCGAAGUGCAAUCAAGUGUUUACUAGCCGCUACUCUAGACGCUAACAAAACUGUGCCGGUUUAGCCUUUCCGUUCGUUUGCUUGUGAGCCUCAUUUAUUAGCGACCCGAGCCGAGGGUUGCUUUGCGCGGGAGAAUAGGGCAUCAAACAAACGACACACGUAGUACUGUUGUAUCAAACCUCAUCAAUAAUUAUUAAUACGUAAACCAGCGAGAGGUGAAAAUGAGGUGGAAUGCUAAUUGAGCUAGUUGCAAACGUAUCCCAUACUCUCGCCUUCGGGUCGUUCGGUCCGAGGACGAUGCUUAGUGGCUUUUUCUGUUUUUGGGGAAACAACGUUCUGUUUGCAACCUGUACAGUACAGUAGUUCACGUUCCAUGUUCAUGCUAGCAGUAGAAAUAGCCGUUUCCUUGAGCCUCGAGGCGCAGGAGUAAGCAGGCCAGGAGGCGCAGAGGACGUUAGUAAUUUAUUAUUGCGUACUUGCACGCAUCGCUUAUCAUUAGCAAAUCAGCUGUAACACACCCAGCUGUAACGUUUAACAAACUCUACCUACCUACUUAUGGGACUGUCGGGACGGUCCGGCUGGGACCGGGGCACGUUAUUAGGAAAUUGCGAUCAUCGAUUUUUAUCGAUCGAUUACUGUAAAGUGUAGCACACAAUCAUCAUCAACACACACACACACCGUCGUAUAGCUAAUAAGCAGUAGUACAAUCAUUCAUUGCAAACACUGUAAGGAGCACAGGAAGGAGGACUUUUGCCAAGAGUGGUGGGACGUGGCGUGGCGUGUGGCGUGCACAGUUAGGAUACAUUUUGCCAAAGCGAGGGAUUUCAAAUUUUGUGUGAGAGUUAUGAGAUUAUUUCACGUAGAAAUUCGUUACAGUAUAUAGAGAUAUGUAUGUUGCACCUGUUUCUAGCUGCUUCGACUCACGAGGUGUUUGCUGCGAUUUACGUGCCAUCACCAUCGAAUGCGCGACACUUUGGUGGAAUCGCAUGGCGUUACCAUGGAAAUCACGUGCCGAUAUCCAAGGAGUUGUGAAUGUUAGAAAUUUAAACCUCACAGAUAGGUUUAAAUGACUAAAAUCAACAGAAAGCAAUAUUUAAACUAGUUUAUACGUAUUUUACGUAAUAUUUCAAAGUAAAAAUGGACGAUAGAUACCAGUUCAAAAAUCACAUAUUGAAAAAGCAAAUUGCAAGCACGUUCAGACACGUUCAUUUCCGCUUAGUUAAUGUAAAGAUCACCCAGGAAAGCUGAAAAGUUGGUCUUGUGUAUCGCUACUAUCCGAUGUUGAUAUUGUUAGAUACAUUUUAUCGUCAUUUAUUAGUCGUUUGUAUUUUUAUGGUAAAAAAACGAACCUGCCUCUUCGUUGAAUCAAAUGCUUCAUACAGGAGCAAUCAAAACUCCAUGAAUAUCCACGCGUGAUUCCAUGGUAACGGCAGCCCAUUCGAAGGUGAUGGAACGCAAAUCGAAGCAGGCAGCUCGUGAGUCGAAGCAAGCGGUGAGCCGAUUCGACUCUAACCAGCAACAGGUGUAUAUUGAUUAGUAUUAUCAGUUUUUGACGCUAAGCAAUCAAUCAGUGCACGCGAGCGAAGGAAGAAAUAUACAAAAAAAACAAACUAAUAACCACACUAAACACAUAUUACGAAGCAUCCGGGUCAAUUCCUAUCGUUUGUGAGCGGCUAGCAAUGUGUCCUUAUGACAGUUGUACACGGUAGUAGUUCGCGCGUGAACUCACACACACAGAGCCGCAAUGUAGAUAAUGAUUAGCAGGCUCACCGAUGCAGGCCGAGCUUCAGCGGCGGUACCUUUGUGUGGUCAGGUUUAUAUACCUACCAAGGUGCAAACACAAACGGAAGAACGGAAACGCACGCGCGUUGUAUCUUAAAGAUAGGCUUAACACAUUAGGUUCCACAUGGUGUGUAGAGUAGAUGCUUUUGCGCGCUUUUACGGCACUCGUUUCUUUCUCUCGUUCUCGUUGUUAUCGGUGUUUUCUAGUAGUGAUUGACUGCGGUGGCCUAGCCCGAUAAUGCCGCUUCUUGCGACGUAGAUUAGAUGUAGGCAGCAGCAAAAGCCUGUAGAAAGAGGGAUGAAAAAUGUUGACAACAAAAAAAAUGGUAGAAAAAAGGUAGUUGUGCUCUCUCGCUCUCUCUCUCUCUCUCGCUCUCGCUCUUAUCAAUUACAACAAUUAUGGUGUAUUUAUGCUGAACGCAAUGCACGCGCACCUUUAUUUGCGUUGCAUGUAAUACGUUUCCCACACUUAAAACACUUCUUAUGAUGAUGAUGAUGAUGAUAAUGGAUUGAUCGGUAGGAAACUCCUUUUUUGGAAUAAAAAAAAAGAAAAGUGAUCUUUACUAAAGCGAUCCCACGCCCCUUCGUACCGGCGCGUACCAGAUCUUAUACUAUACUCCGUAACGCCGAGCCGCGAGAUGUGUGUAGCAAUGAGCCGUCGAUGAUGCGUUACGUUAAAUGUCGUUUCAUACACUUCGUUUCCUUCAAGCCUUUCUCAACCUCAAUGAAAAGGAAAAACAAGACAAAAAACCCAGAAAGCAAAAAAAAAACAAACAAACAUAUUCAUAUUCGGAUGCUCAUUAUAUACACUUGAAACAAAUAUAUAUAUAUUAUAUAUGCAUUAAAUAUAUUUAUAGCAUUUACAAAUGCAAGGAUGGUAGUAAUUAUGAACGAUAACUCUAAGUAGCUGCCAAGCGGAGGAAGUAGACGAGCAUAAAGUAAAGCAGGAAAAUGGGACGUGACGUGUGUAGCAAAGUGGAGGUGGAGAGGUAGCCGGCCCAUCUCAGAAGCCGAGAACCGACAGCAAGACAAUGUUUCAUCUUUUGCGUGAUGAUAUUCAUCUUUUCAUCUGUAUAUGAAUUUACCGAUUUGGAAAAGAAUGAGCUGCGCGUGUGGGAAAAAUCAUAUUGGGAGGGGGGGCCUCAAGAUAUGGUACGUUAGGGCGCGCACAGCUCUAAGGUGUGACACUUGAACAAAAGAAUUUAAUAAAUUCACUAAUAAAGUGAAAAAAA